CUUAGGGCGGCUCAAACCAACUGCAAAACACCACACACUACAACACAACGCUACAUACCGCAGAACGACGACAAUAUGGCAUCCCGACCAAGCCCUAUAUUCUCAUCCAUUCUACGCCAGAUCCGCGCUCAGCCCCACCGUGGAUCCCCGCUCCGCGCGCCUCUCCCAUCCCGCGCUCGCCUCCCACAACCCUUCAUCGCAAACACCAUCGCGGCCCGCGCAGCCCAUUCGAUCCCUCGCCCGUCGCCCUCACAAGCUUCGCAAACGUCGCAACCUAAGCCGAAAAAAUCCUCGCACACUGGCGACGCCCCGAAGAGCGAGGGUGCCCGCCCCGAGCUCAAGCCCGACUACUACCAGCUCUCCUUCACCUGUGUACCCUGCGGCCACCGCUCCCACCACAACGUCUCGAAGCAGGGCUACCAUCGUGGCUCCACGCUCAUCACCUGCCCGAGCUGCCGUAACCGCCACGUCAUCAGUGACCACCUCGACAUCUUUGGCGAUCGCAAGGUCACCAUCGAGGACAUUAUGCGCGAGAAGGGCCAGCUCGUGAAGAGGGGCAGUCUUGGCGAGGAUGGCGAUAUUGAGUUCUGGCCCGAGGAGAAAUAUGCCGAGGAAGCCAACAAGUCUGAUUCGAACGAGAGAUCAUGAUUCUUCUCAUGUGGCAAGACUUUAGAAAAGAGCGUAACGGUGUAUGAGAUAUGUAAAAACAUUGGUUGGCGUUGGAUAUAUGACGAUUCUGGGAUACCCUUCUCCAUACAUAGACUGGGGAUUUAUCACUGUGCUCGCAUGGCUUAUCGGAAACCCGCUGUGGCCUGCGCUUUGAAGCUUCAUAUAUAAGAUAGUUUCUGAGAGAACCGUAGUAAACAC